ACAUUUUCAUAAAAUAGAUAAAAUCGUAUUUGUUUAACACAUUCCGGACAGGAUCUUCACAAUAGUCACAUAGCUUAGAUUUGAGCCAUUUGGCUGCAACUGCAAUAACACGGCGAAAUGCGUCAGCCAAACACGCUUUACCGGAUCUCGGCGGGGUUCUGACCCGUUUCGAUUUCCAUGUUGAAUCCGGCUGUGCGUUUUUAAUAACUGUUUUUUUCAGCGGAGGAGUUUGACAUGUCUGGCGCGGCCGGUGGAGGGGUGCAGUCUGCAGGGCUGGGCGCUGUCGUCGCCGCCGCCGCCGCGAGCUCCUGCUCCUCAUCGUCGGGAUCCGGUUCCGUCGCAUUACUUGGCGGGGGAUCGGGCAUCGCGGGCCGGUUACCCAGCCGGGUACUCGAGCAUAUAUUCUCCUAUCUGGAACUGCCGGAUCUGAUGCAGUGCUCGCUGGUGUGCUGGCAUUGGUAUAACUGCCUGUCGGAUGAAAACAGUGAGGUGUGGCGGAGUCUGUGCUCCCGGGUGCUCAGUGAUGAAGCGAUGCGCACUGAUAUCCUCUGCAACAUUUCUACUUAUAAAAGCAAACUUAAGUCCUUUCAGCAUGCCCUGAGUACUCACGACUGCUCCAGGAAUGUAUACAUCAAGAAAAACGGGUUCACCUUGCAUCGUAACCCUAUCGCCCAAAGCACCGACGGUGCCCGUGGGAAGAUCGGCUUUUCGGAGGGCCGGCAUGCCUGGGAGAUAUGGUGGGAAGGACCUCUUGGCACGGUGGCGGUGAUUGGCAUCGCGACCAAGAGGGCUCCUUUGCAGUGCCAGGGUUAUGUGGCACUUCUAGGCAGCGAUGACCAGAGCUGGGGGUGGAAUUUAGUAGACAAUAAUCUGCUUCAUAAUGGAGAGGUCAAUGGUAACUUCCCCCAAUGCAACAACGCACCAAAGUACCAGAUCGGCGAGAGAAUACGUGUGAUCUUAGACAUGGAUGAUAAGACACUAGCUUUCGAGCGAGGUUUCGAGUUCCUCGGCGUGGCGUUCCGAGGGUUGCCCAAAGGCUGCCUCUUUCCUGCUGUCUCAGCCGUGUAUGGAAACACUGAAGUGACAAUGGUGUAUCUAGGAAGACCCCUGGAUGGAUAAAGUGGAUCCUAGUGCCACUGUUAGAACCAGAGGGGAGCGCUGCUUGGCACAGAUAUGACUCUUGGCCUUUCACAUCUGGACUAAGAAAUGAGUCGUCCUGGGAGAAAUCAGUAGUUGUUGGGCGGGGCUUGUUGAAGGUGAGGAUCUUCAACAUACAUCUGCGGCAUUCAGUUAAACGUCUAUUUACGUUUAGUCCUUUUGAUGACCGGGGACGUUUUUUAAGCCUGAUUUUAAUCUAAUUUGAGAACUGCACAGGGGGCAGCUGUUCUAUUUUAUGAAAUAGGUUGAAACGCCAAAUUAGAGCUGAAAAGUGGCAACGUUUUAUAUUACUUGAUAUUUUACACAUGCGUGGGUCAAGAACCUACUGUGAAGAGGACUGAGUUAUCUAAAGACCAGGAGGGGUCAGACUUCCACAACAAUACAAACUUACAUGUAGGUAAAUGACACGAAGUACACAUGCCAAAACGCUGUACCACAAUAUCUUACUGUUUUUAUCCUCAGAGCAGUUAUCUGCAUGCAGUAUAAGCGUCUCUUCCUCUUGUUUUUAUUUUUUAAGGACAAGCAAAGGUAGUAUGUUGUUCUAUUUGUUACUGUACAUCUUACCCGUGAUGUAGAAGUGUAUAGUAUUUAUUUAUUAAGGUCUAUCUUUGCUAUAUCUGAGGUUAUGGAGACUACAAAUAAACUCUAAAU